CGAUAUUAUCUCAAUUUGGCAUUCUCGUUUUAAGACGGUUUUAUGUUUUAAUAACUUUUAAUAACAUUAUUUAUUUUGUCAAAUAUUACCAUCAUAAAAACGCUGUGUAAUCGGAAACAAAAACAAUUUGAAAUUGAAAUGAAUUAUAUGCUGAUUUAAAAGGUAUUGUGUCUGAAACAUACUGGAUAUAUGCAUUUGUGCUUAUUAUAGUACUUUUGUUGUUGUUUUUUUAAUUGCUUUUAUGAAACCAAAAUUUUGACUUAAAGAAUUACUUAAUACAACGUCUGUAUUAGUUCAUGGGUUUGACAAAGUAUAUGUAAAAUAAAAGGUUUUUUAUUUGCGAUUUUUAUGUUAUGUCGUUUAGCUGUUAAAUAGACGAAUCAGUCAAAUAUCCGGUUACCCCUGCAGUGCAGCAAUUUACAUCUAAGCGACAAUAAGUUGUUAUACAGGAGGUUAAACGUUCUUAUGGAAGAGACAUAGAUUAAUCAAUAUACUUAAAACAUUAGAAUGCCUGUCAACAAAGUAAAUGUAGAAAUGAAUGGAAAUGCAAGUGAUCCAUCUCCUCACUAUGAAAAACAUCAGGACAGGAAAGGUACUCGAAAUAACCAUGUUCUCAACAUCAGAAACGAAGCACAUCAUGCUCUCAUAGACUCAACAGAAACUGUAGUGCUAUCCUGGGAAAAUGUUAACGUGAGUGCAAGUCCAAAGACUCGAACUUGUUGUAGUGGUAACGAUGUCACAGAGGUUCCAAAACAAAUUAUCAGAAAUGCGUAUGGACAUGUGAAACCUGGAACACUUCUUGCAAUUAUAGGAGCCAGUGGAUCUGGGAAGACAAUGCUUUUAAAUGCAUUAGCAUCCAAUACUGACAGUGAGUCUCUGACGUCAUCUGGUGACGUAAUGGUAAAUGGAGUUAAAGUUGGCAAUGGUAUACGGAAUAUUUCAGCGUAUGUGCAGCAGGAUGACCAUUUUAUAGCCACAAUGACUGUAAAAGAACACCUUACUUUCAGGGCUUUGCUUCGAAUGGAAAAAGAAGUAUCAAAGAAAAGAAGACUUGAACGUGUAGAUGAAGUGAUUCUAGAACUUGGUCUGCGUAAAUGUCAGGACACAAUCAUAGGCCAUCCAGGGCGAAUUAAGGGCAUAUCUGGUGGCGAAAUGAAGAGACUGUCAUUUGCUUCAGAGAUCUUGACAAAUCCGCCGUUGUUAUUCUGUGACGAACCAACCUCUGGCUUGGACUCAUUUAUGGCAGAAAGUAUAGUGCAAACUCUAAAAGAAAUGGCUGACAAAGGAAAAACUGUAUUGUGCUCCAUCCACCAGCCUUCAUCUGAGGUGUUUGCAUUGUUUCACCAUGUCUUGAUUAUUGCUGCUGGAAGAGUUGCAUUCCUUGGUGACACGGAAGAAGCUCUUAACUUCUAUAAAAACAUAGGAUACCCGUGCCCCGUGAACUUCAAUCCCGCUGACUUUUACAUCAUGACCAUGGCCAUUGUCCCUGGGAAAGAAGAGGAAUGUAAACAAAGAAUUGAGAAAAUUUGUGACCAGUUCGACCAAACAACGAACGCCAAAGCCAUACUGCAGCAGAACAAAAACAUUUGUGAGAAUCCAGAACGCACGGGGGUUAUUUUCGAAGAAGCCUUUAGCAGCAAGUCCAGAUACGAAGCGUCAUGGAUACAACAGUUUGGUUCCGUAUUUGCACGGUCUUGGACAACAACAAUCAGGGAACCAAUGGUUAUAAAAGUGCGAACAGCGCAAACAAUUGUCUUAGCUGUAGUUCUUGGUUUACUUUAUCUCCAACUGGACCUUACACAAGAAGGAGUUAUGAAUAUCAACGGCGUUAUGUAUCUAAUGCUGUUAAACAUGACAUUUGUAAACAUGUUUGCGGUUUUGAGCUCAUUUCCUUUAGAGGCGGCAGUAUUUUCACGGGAAUACCGCUCCGGUCUAUAUGGCGUUGAUAUCUACUUUAUGUGUAAAGUUCUAGCAGAGUUGCCAUCUUUUGUCAUUAUCCCAGCCGUGUUCUGUGGUAUAUCUUACUGGAUGGUUGGAUUAUAUUCAUCACUGGAAGCAUUUCUCAUGUUUACGGCUGUACUUCUUCUUGUUGCCAACGUUUCUGUUUCCUAUGGGUACAUUGUAUCAACGAUGUCUAAUUCGGUAAGCAUGGCGUUGGCUCUAGCGCCACCUAUGAUGAUGCCUCUGUUUAUGUUUGGAGGAUUUUUCGUGAAUACAGAGACUAAUCCUGUAUACUUUAUAUGGCUGGAAUACCUGUCAUGGUUUAGGUACUCCAACGAACUUCUUGUUGUUAACCAGUGGGACAAUAUUGACACAAUAACUUGUGAUAGUAACAAUGCUACUGCUAGCAACAGAUGUUUAUACAAGAACGGUCAGCAAGUAAUAAACUACCUUAAUUUUGAUAAGGACAAUUUCUGGUUAAAUGUAGGCCUGCUGAUUCUUCUACUGAUAGUGUACAGAUUGAUAGCUUUCAUCAUACUGUUUGUUAAAGCAAGAAUUUCAAAGAAAUAACAGUAUUUUAUAAAGAGUAAAAAGUGGGUGAGAGUCCGAUCUGGCACAUGUGCUACUGCAGUUAUUACCUGCAAAUUCAAUACACGUAAUGGCUAUUAAUGAUGUAUUACAAUAUUAUAAUAUUAGUUUAGUGCCGUCACUAUUGUGUAGCAUUGCAAAAGAUUUCUAUUGACACUUUACUAUAUCAUUUUUGUACCUCGUGUCACUAUUGUGCAGACUUGCAAAUUAUUUCUUCUGGUCGUUAUUGUAUCAUUUUGUUUUCUUCUGAUCGUUAUUGUAUCAUUUUGUUAGCUGUAUCACUAUUAUGCAGCCUCGCAAGAUUUUUUUAUACUGCUGACACUUUAUUUUUAUUUAUUCUGUCAGUCUUGUAACUGUGGUGCAGUCUUGUAAAUAAUUCGUUGGUUGUGUUACUAUUGCGCUGUGAUUGUUAAGAAAUAAAUCUUCCAUAGUUGCAAAGGCGUGACUAUUGACUAUUAUAGUGUAUCUUUGGAACAUCGUAAUUCCUAUAGGUCCUUUAUUUCUUUUCAAAUGGAUGCAAUAUGUUCAGGUGGACAUAAGAUAUAUGUAUGAGCUUUGACUAUGGUUGACUUUAAGAGAAGGCAAAACGCGCGUUCUGAUCGAAAAGUGUAAUGUGUGCAUGUAAAUGAAACUAUUCAAAGGAAACGUUUGUGCUAUCGAAAAUAAAGGAUGUUCUUGUUGUCUAAAAGUGUGUGAGUCUUUUUUCUAAAACUUCGAACACUAAUAUGUAGGUUUUCUUGGUAAGCAUGUUAAUUGAUAAUCCAUUGAUUAAGAAAUUAAGACAACCAGUAGUAAUAUUGUCACCUUAAUUCCAGAAGCAUAUACGGUCAUUUUUGGCAAAAUGCAGUAUUUGGUAUCGUUGGAUUUGUCUCCAUACGCUCUACAACAUGCACUAACUUAUAUGCGUGUAGCUCUAACGUGAAGAGGGUAAAUCGUUGUGCCACAAACGUCUAACUCACCUAGAUUAAGUUCAAGUCAGAUCUUUUCUUUAAACGCGUUUCUCUCCAGACGAAAAAAUAAUAAAAUGAAGUUAUACGCUUCUGGAAUUAAGCUGACGAAAAUUUGUUACACAUUUUCGUUGAACAUUGUAUUUUCUAGUUUCUUUGGAGUUUAUGCUAAGACAUAUUUACUAAUAAUUUGCAUAAAUAUAAAAAAGAACCUAGCAAGACGAAAUAACAAAACAUGAAUAAAAUCUCCGCUGAUG